ACCAUUAUUUUCUAACGGCUGGUGUUUUUAAAAAAAUAUUUUAUUAAAAUGUUUCUUUAUUAAGAAAUAUAUGUACAAUAUUCCUAUCUACUGAAUCUAUUCAAAUGGAUAACGCGAAAUCUCAAAAUAAUCCACGGAAUCGGUUUUUAAAAUUGUCUUUGAAGAAAAAUGGGGUAAAACAAAUAUCAACACAAAAGAAUAUGCGUUCUAAAGCUGAUGUUAUAAUUCUUGAUGAUUCGUUUGAUAAAUUACGGUUGGAAUUUCCUAACAUAAAAACUGCAAAGACAUAUUCUCCUGUAACUAUCAAUGAUUCAUCUGAAUUCUGUGAUGAUCUACCAUGUCUUAAUUUGGAUAAGGAACCGAGUAAAUCCGGGAAUGCUUCAUUCAAUGCUACUUUAGAAUUUACAUCGCCAGCUAACCCCAAAGAGAAUAGACCAAGUAUAGGAGGUUGGUCACCAGCUCAGAAUAUUCUAUGUGCAACACCAAAAAAUGACCCUCUACCCUCAACACCUCAAGACAAAGCACGUAAAUCUUCAGAACAGUGUUCCAUAAAAAAGAUAUAUCAGUCACAACAGAAACUUCUUAGUGAUUUAUAUGGGGAAACAUGGAAAUCAAUACCCUCACUCUUCAAAACCAUACAACAAAAUCACAAAAAUUUCAACGGGAUAUCAAAGAAGUUGAAUUUCAAUGACGAUGACAAAGAGAAUAUUAGAAGCGAUUUGGAAAGGAACAAACAGUUGUAUUUGACUGAAUCGGAAACCAAAAGACGAGUAGACUUGUUGAAUAGUGAUAAGAAAUCAAAGAAGAAGCUUUUCACAGAAAAAGUACCGAGUACUCCAGAACCUCCUAAACAGAAAUCCAAAAUUAAUGUCAAUACAACAUCCAAGAAGAAAAAGUCAAUGACAGUUACCAAGCUUGUUGAAGUGAUGACAAACGAUGUUAACUCAUUGUCGGAAAAAGUGAAACAUGUUUCUGUUACACCAAAAAAUGAUGUCGUUAAUAGAUGUAGUUUUGUUGGGUCACUUGCAGACAAUAUACCCUCGUGGCGUUGUCACACUGAAGCCAUGCAGUACAGAGACAACUAUAAAUCACUCAAAGAAAAACUGGCCAGGAGAUUGUUUGUGGAGUUUAAUAAAAAUGUAUUUGACAAUGCCCUCGAUGCAGAUAUGCCUAUAAUUUGGGACACAAAACUAAGAAGCACUGCCGGUACAACAACAAAUAAGCUGAUAAAAACGUCGAAAGGCACAAAAAUUAGAACAUCAAGUAUAAAGUUAUCGAAUAAGGUUGUUGAUAAUUGUCAAAGAUUAAGGGACACUCUCAUACACGAACUAUGUCACGCUGCGACAUGGCUGAUAGAUGGGGAAUUGAGGGCAGGGCACGGACCGCUGUGGAAGAAAUGGGCAACCCGUUCUUUAAGGAAGUAUCCGGAGUUGGGGGAAAUAUCGAGAUGUCAUGACUUGGAGAUACAUUAUAAAUACUGUUACAAGUGUACACAAUGCGGUUAUAGUAUCAAACGACAUUCCAAAUCCAUUGACAUAACGAAAAAAUGUUGCGGCUACUGUCGCGGGACUUUUGAGAUUAUCAUAAACAAGAAAAACAAAGAUGGCGUCGUUGUUUCAACUCCGGCGAGGAAAGGCGGCCCGAACGACUUUGCGCUUUUCGUCAAAGAAAAUUAUGGAUCACAUAAGAAAAAUGGUAAAACUCACGCCGAGGUCAUGAGAGUGUUGGGCGAAGAGUUUUCGGCGCGUAAAAAUAGAAUGAAUGACCGAGUAUAUGACGAUUUAGAAUCUUGCAGCGAUUAGUCUUGAUCACUUGACACAUAGACAUGAAAUUUCUAUAACGGAAGAUUAGUUAAAUAUUAGACGUUUUUGAAGGUAAUUAUAUAAUAUUUAUAAUUAAUUUAUAAUCAUUUUGUUUAGCUGUAUAUAAUAUUUAUAAGGGCUGUACUGGUUACGGUAAUUUUAAAGUAUAAUUUGACAGCUGUCAAAAAUGACCUUCAAAACGAAUCGUUUAAGAGCUUGACUUUUAAGACUGGUAUACAAUUUGUAUAUUGUAAUAACAUUUUCUAUUGUUAAAUAUUUCAUUGUUUUAUAAAACCAUUUCUCAUCUAUAUUGACUUUAAUAUGACAUAAAGCAAAUUUACAAAAUGUU